CAGAUCAGACUUUGCAGCAGGAGAAGCGGCAGCAGCAGCAGAGAGAGGGGGAGAGACAGGGACCAGACAAAACCCCCACUCUCAUGAGUAACAUGCAGCCCCCCUCCCCCACUUCUCAGCAGCCCCCCAAUGGUCUCCAGAAGACCCUCCAAUCCUAAAGACCCCGAGUCUUUCCAUGAAAUAUGGGAAAACUUCUCCUGCUAAACUUUCCCCCCUUCCCCUGAACAGCAGCAAAUCCAGCGACAACAAAGGAGCAAAAGAAGCCCCCGUCCCACCCAAAAACCUCCAUUGCCCCCCGUCCUUUUGUGCAUUUCCCAUUGAAUUUCCCCUUGAAACAUGAUGUUUGGCCGGGAGUUGGCCACGGCUUUGUACAUACGGAUGCUCUUCACCUGGUGGGAUUUCUCUAUGAUCUCAGCCCUCAGCCUGGACCCCAUUUACUGGAACAGCUCCAACAAAAGGUUUGAGGACACUGAGGGGUACGUACUCUAUCCCCAGAUCGGAGACCGGCUGGACCUGUUGUGCCCUCGAUCUGAGCCCCGGGGCCCGUUCUCCUCGUACCCUUAUGAGUUCUACAAGUUGUACCUGUUGGCCACAAAGGAAGAGAUGUUGUCCUGCUCCAUCAUAAGAACUCCCAACCUCCUCCUGACCUGUGACCGGCCCUCGCAGGACCUGCGCUUCACCAUCAAGUUUCAGGAGUUCAGUCCCAAUCUGUGGGGACACGAGUUCCAGUCUCAGAGGGAUUAUUACAUUAUCGCCACCUCGGAUGGGACGCUGGACGGGCUGGAGAACCUUCGAGGAGGAGUGUGUGAGACCAAAGGCAUGAAGGUCACAUUAAAGGUUGGGCAGAAUCCUAAUGGGGCGACUCCUCCUCGCAGACCCUCAUCUGCAGCAAAGGAUUCUGGGAUUUCACCAUCUAUGCCAAACCCCGACAUUCCACAAUUUGGAGCAGAAACAUCUGGCAAUGCAACCAAGACAGGGGAAAAUGGUCCUCUACCAAUCUCCCAUGUUCCUCUAGUAGCUGGCGCUGCUGGUGGGGCUGCACUUCUACUGCUGGUCUUCGGAGUAUUGGGAUGGGUCUGCCAUCGAAGACGUCAGGCCAAACACAGCGACACCCGGCUCCCACCUCUGUCUCUAGGAUCCAUCACCUCCCCAAAAAGAGGAGGAGGUAACAACAACGGCCAUGAGCCCAGUGACAUCAUCAUGCCUCUUCGACCAUCUGACGGGGGCACCUUUUGCCCUCACUAUGAGAAGGUCAGCGGGGACUAUGGACACCCUGUAUAUAUCGUUCAGGACAUGGCCAGCCAGAGCCCUGCCAACAUCUACUACAAAGUAUGAAACAGCUGCCAGCAAUUUUUUGUCCUUGUAGCUUUUUGUUUUUGGGCGGGGCUGACUGUAGGAUGUUUGUGGGGUGGGUUGCAGGAUGUCUUGGAAUGAAGGUGGGAAAGUGUUCAGAGCAGUAUUGGUAGUUGGAGGGUAAGUCUUGCAGAUUGCCUCUUGCACCUCUUCUCCAAAGUUAUGGUUCAUGAUAGUAUGUUGAGGCCAUCAAAAACUACAAUUAGAGGUUCUGCAUUACAUAGGUGAGCCUGAAGUAUAUGAAGUAUACCCAAAAUAUUUCCUUUGCACCAGCAGCCAUGUUGCUUGCCAUGCCACCAGCCAUUUUGCUUGAGGCGCCCAUAUGACUGCACUUAAGGCAAGCAUGAAGGAACGUAAAAAGAGGAGGAGGACAUGGUAUGAGGCCUCAACUUGGGCUUAAUCUGAGACAAAGGAAGAAAGGAAUAUGCCAAGGGAGAAGGUAGAACCUUUUGUGCCAGUGUUCGAGAAGAUAGUUGACGUGUCGCUUGUCUGUGAGGUUCUCCCACCGAUGGUACAAUUCUGGCCUAGAGAAAAGACUGUGGACAAAAAAAAAAGUCUGCCCUUGGUGUCCUCUUUGUUUUUCUUUUUUUUUUUUUUUCGUAAUCCAGCCCAACGCCUUAAAUUGUUACCUGUGCCAUAUCUGCCCUUACUUUCCUCCUGAACUUUGCACAGACGUUCAGGACAAAACCCUUCUUUGAAUAGCAAGCGCCAUCAUACCGUUCCAUUACCCAGUAUCUCAUGUGUAGACCCGUUGUGCCUUUUAGAUACAGGCAAGAAAGAGCCCUAAAGUGUAACCCCUUUUUCUGCUGUCAGAUUUCAAGUUCUUUGCCUCGACAACCCCAAAUUCAUUUAUUUUUCUAUCCCGGGAGAUGAAGCGCCUUAGACUGCCCAUUGCUGUUCCACAGCCUUUGUAUAUAUUAAGAGUUAAGCCCCUUGAAUUUUCAAUGUAUUUGAGUAAAGAAAUAUCAGACACAGUGAGAAAUUCGCUCCAACUGUGCCCGCGUACUGGGACACGCUGAAAUAUGGCACCUCGGCCGGGGGCACGGGAGAGGGAACAAGUGGGGGGGAGGGAAAAUGGAGCGUAAUUAAGCUAGGCCUCGUAUCCAUAGCAACGGAUUGGGCCUACUUGGUCCUUAGCGUCUCUCCCCCCUUCUCCUGUGUCUGCCUCUCUUCUCGCCAUGGCAUUAAAAGUGUCGGUCGCCUGGGAGACCGGGAGCGAAAAUGAGAUAAAAAAGGGGGAGAUGUAGUUUUUUUUUUUAUGGCUCAGUGUUGCAAGAUAUUUGAAGAUGUCAGCCGUCCGAGUAAAUACACUAAAAGAUGGGCCGUGCAGGGGCGGGGGGUCCAUUUUUUAAACUUGACGACGGCCCAAGUGAAAUCAUAGUCUGUGAAAAUUUAAAAAAAGACCCCUGCUCCCACGGUAGGCUGACAACUAAAAGAAAUGCAAUCGUUAAAAAAGUAUUAAAAAAAAAAAAAAGAAUUGUUGAUUAAAUCUCUUUUUUUUGGCCGCGUUUUUCAGCAUAAUGAAACUUUUACGGGAGCAAAAAGUACAAUGGCCGGCCGAGACCUUGACAUAAGCGGCCAAGUCUUCUUCCCAGUAUAACGGUCCUGGUUAUCUGUCCUUUUCUCUUCCUUUAUAUAUAAAGUCUCACAUUCUUCCAAGGUCACGAUUCCCCAUUCAAAUGUUUGAGUCAACAUUUGUAUUCUCUUGAAACCUGGACAAUUUCAUCGUUUUUUUUUUAAAAAAACAUUGGGAAGACUAAAUUCGUGGCAGAUAUUAACUGAAAUUUAGAUUUAUCCUUCAAGACAAAUGGAAGAAUUAUUUCUAAAAUGUUUUCACUUCUAUACUUCUUCUAUAUUUCACUUCUAUAAGUCAAAUUAAAGGAAAAAAACGUUUCCUGAAGAUUAUCGUCGGCCUUUGACAUUGCUGCCCUAUUACCCGAGCCCAUGAAAUUAUGUUCUUAACACGGUAAUAGAAUGGGGGUUAUUUAUUAAAGUCCGAAUGCCAAAACUAUACUAUAAAAUCCAAAUUUUUAGUGGGAAAAUAGUAAAAUUUAUCUGAAUUUAUUAAACCCUGAGGGUGUUAAAAAUCAGAAUAAAAAAUGACUCCAACUCCGACCUGCAGAGUUCAUGUAGAAGUCAAUGAGAUAUUCUAAUCUGAGCUGGGCUUCGGAUUUGGUCGGAGAAGCUUUCAGAAAAUAAUAAGAUAUUUUCAGAUUUUGAUAAAUAACUCCCAAUGUGUGAGCGUGGUCCUCUGGUUUUUAGAAUAAAAACCUCCAGUUUUAUUCUGACAGUUUCUGACACAUGAAGAUGAGCCAGAAUGCUCAUCUACAUAUCCUGUAAAUUUCGUGUGAAAAUACACAGUUUUUCUCUUCUUUCACAGAAAAUGAGGCAGAUGCAAAGCCGAUACGGUCUUGAUGCUCGACGACUAAUUGCAAGAACUUAUUUCCCAAUGAUCAUUUUUUAUUUUCUACCGUUUUACUUUCUACAACUGAGAAUUUUUUGUAGCUGAAAAUUUUGACCAAAUUGAGAAAUGUAGACAACACAAUGUUUUUGAAGAUUCUCAUUCUUCUCAUGUUUAUAUUAAAAUCUGUGAAUUAAAAGACGACGGAUAAAAAAACCCUCUAAUUAUCGAGUUUACGUCCCGGAAAAACUCCAGUUGAUCAAAUUUAAGUUUUUGGAUAUAAAUCAAAUAUUUACAUUCAAAUUUUCGAAUUUGAUUUUGCUUGGAGUUUUUGAAAAUUCUAUUUUUUUUAUUUUUAUGAAUCUGCCCCUUCAUUUUUUAAUUCUAGAAACAAUGAAAAUAUUUUAUUUGCUUUAGGGUUUUGAGAGACGUUCGCUAUGGAUAUCAAUUCUGCAUUUUUGAAGUUUGACUGAUAAUUUUGAGAAUAUGUUUGAGAACAAUUUUUUCCCUUAUUCGUGCAAAUGUUGACAAUAGUUUUGCGUGAUGGCACCUGAUUGAGAUGAUUAGAUUCACAUCUGAUAAAGCACCAAAAAACCAGCCCCUGCCAUCUAACGUUGACCUAUUUCAUGGACAAAUCUGAAAUUUACCAUCGGCCUUAAAACUGGAGCCAUGAACAGGCAGCUCACUUAAGUUUUAAUAACAGCAAUUUUUGACCCGUCAUGUCUUAGUCAAUAGAGUCAUAAUUUUUGAGCAAGAUAUUCGUUUCACUCGUUUACAGGCCCAUUAAGAUUCAAAACCUUCUAAAUAAAUUAUACGAGGACUGGAUCUGGUCUGGUUUUUUCAAUGCAACAACAAACAGGAUUUCCCCAGUGUGGCUCAGCUCCUGGAAUCACAAUUUUUUGUUUUUCAGCAGAAAUACAGAAUUUUCGCUCCUGCAUUCGCCUACAGAUUUAAUGUGACAGUUUAACGAGCCAGUUCAGUGUAUGAUAUAAACUCAGGUUUGUAAAAGACGCAAUGAGCUCUCUCAGGCAGAAACAUCUCCCCCUCCGUAUCCUCAGGAGGAACAACCUCACGAGUCACGCAGCACGGUUUCUUUUCCUAGAUUAAAAUUUGGGAAUUCCAAAUGGGUGGCAAUGAACCUUUUAAAACUGAGAGCGGAAACAGUUGUUAUACAUCAUUCAGAAAAUAUACAAUUUUGCCUUGAAAUCCCUUCUGCCCUAAAAACAAAAAAAAAAAAGAAAAAAAAAAAUAAAAUCAAAAAGGUUUGUAGAUAUUUUACACUUUUUGUAGAAUUUUUUUUAAUAGUUUUCUGAGAAGCUUUUAAUUUAGAAGGGGGACCAUUUUUUUUUAAAGAAAAAGAGAUUCAAAUUGUGGUUAGAUAUAAUUUAUGAGCUAAUUAGAGCAUUGUUAACGCAUUUGAAUUGUAAUUAGCACAGACUGUCCCUUUUAAAGGGAACCUUCUUUCGUUGGUUUUGGCUUCUUUGUGGACAAAAUAAUAAUUAAAUGUUUUAUAAAAAGUA